AUGGUGCGCGUGGUGUCGUUACGCACGGUGAGGCCUCCGCCACGCCCGCGCGAGCGCGUCCUGCUCACCUCCUGGGACGUCGCCAUGCUCUCCACCAACUACAUCAAGAAGGGCCUGCUCUUCCACAAGCCCGCCUCCUCGGCGCUCAACGUCGUCGACCACCUCGCCGCCGCCCUCGCCGACGCGCUCGCCGACUACUACCCCGUCGUCGGCUGCUUCGCCACGGAGCAGCACAAGGACGAGCACACCGGCGCCGUCGUGGGAUGCUCCGUGUCCAUCGACUGCGACGGCCAGGGAGUGGAGAUGCUCCACGCCGUGGCUGAUGGCGUCGCCGUAGCCGAUGUCAUUCCUCCGGACGCCGACGUGCCGGACGUCGUGCAGUACUUCUUCCCGAUGGGAGAUGCGGUCGAGCACGACGGCCACGAGCUCCCGCUCUUCGUCGUCCAGGUCACCGAGCUCGACGACGGCGUUUUCGUCGGGUUCGUGUGUAACCACGUGCUGGCCGACGGCGCCGCCCCGUGGGACUUCCUCAGCGCCUGGGCCGAGAUGCGAGGCUAA